ACCGCACGUCGACCGGAUAUCUUCGAGACCGAUCCUCGUUCACGUCUUUCACGCGGCGUGACCAGCGAACGGGACGAAAGAGAAGCGAACGGAACACACGCGCCGAUGGCCGAAGGACCUCUCGCCUGGCUCCACCCCUUCGACUCGGGUUUGCACUCGUUUCCCAGCCUCGACGCGGGCACCGAUCUCCUCGGCCUUCCCCCGUCCAACUGCGGCGUCGCCGCCAAGAUGGCCUUCAGCGAGCUGGCGGCGAUGGACCUGCUCCGUACUCCCUCGGGAUUCGACACGCGCGCGGCGGACGCCCAGCCGCCGGAGACGUCGCGACGCGUCACCGGCGCCGACGCGACGUCGGCGGGUGAAAAGCCGUUCGCCUUCGACGCGCAAAGGGCCCACGCCGGAGCGCCCUCGACCUCUUAUGUGCCCUCCGAGGUUUUCUCCCCCGUCAACUUCGGCGACGUCGACGUCGCAGACGCGCUCUUCACCAAGGGACCGCUCCGCACGCUCUCCGCGCGCACCUUCGACGCACUCCUGAACGAUACGAGCCCGAGAGAGAACGAGGAGUGGACGGCGCUCCAGAACCUCCCCUCGCUGCCCAGGGACCUCACCACGGUGGACCUCGGCGUCGGGUGCGACCCGGACGACGACGACGCCAGCUGUGCGCCCGUCGCUUUUGGCGACGACCGACCCGACGACGUCGCGCUGAUGGACAACGGCGACGAGGACGGGGUGCGCCUCGCCCGCGCGCGCGCCGCGACGGCCAGGGCGCGCGCCAAGGAGGCGCGGUCCAUCGCCACGCAGAAGACGGCGACGGCGACCGCGCUCACCAUCCAGGCGAAGGAGAUGCUGAACGCGGCGGCGACGGUCGGCGACGCCGAUCGCGACCCCGCCGGCGUCGCCAGCGGCUUGCGAACGCCGACGGCGAUGUCGGAGCGCGGUACGUACUGGGGCGGGUACUUCGAGGGGUUCGACGCGACCACGGCGCUCUCGGGCGAUGCGGUGAGCUCGCCGGCGGCGGUGGGGACGUGCGGGACCACCGCGGAGCACGUCCCCACCGCGGAGGUGCGAUCCUCGUCGAGGAGGUCCACCAAGCGGGACGCGCCCUUCGACGGACCGAACGCCUCCGACGACGAGGAGUCCACCCCUUCGCGCGGCGGCGGCGGUUCGUCGGCCAAGAGGAGGAGGAAGGGCGAGGCCAACGGGGUGAUCCAGGUCAAUCCUCGACCCAUGGCGACCGACAGCAUCAUCACCGCGAGUGGCAAGAAGAUGAAGCGGGGAUGCCUCAACUGCGGCCAGCAGAAGACGCCACAGUGGCGCAUGGGACCCGAGGGACCCAAGACUCUGUGCAACGCGUGCGGCGUGAGGUUUCGAAAGGGACUCCCCCUCGACGGACCGUGACGCCAGCGCGUUGACGAAUGUCGAAAAAUACUAGAUACGAAAACGCAAAACAGUUCGGUUGGGACGACGUGAAGAACCCCGCAUUUGUUUGAUACCUCAUAGACGGCCACACACUUGUUUGUUUUUGUAAGGGACUAAAGCUUCAUCACGGUU